GUAAGUGAAUGUGACUCAAUGAGUUGUUGAGUUGCUGUUGCAAAGUGUCAAGCCCAAGUUUGUGGGUAUUUACAGAGCUCUUGGUUGAAGACACAUAUAACAUUCCUAUCAUUAAUGUGAGUACCUUUAAAAACCGAAAGCAGAAUGGCAGAGAAGUCGUGUGGCGAUGUUGAAAAUCCUGCAUCCAAAGCAAUUCCAACCAACGAAGAAAUAGUAGAAGAGGUUAUGAAAGGUGUCAAAGACUGUCUCAUUGAAAAAUCCGAUGACACUAGCGAGAAGAAAGACGAUGUUAAGUGUAGGGAACCUGGAACAAAUGAGCAGGAAGCUAGCAAGCUUCGUGACAAUGAACGUGUAGAUACCCAAGAGAAUGUUUCAAUAAAUGGUGAUGAUGACACAAAGAGUGAAUUGGAUGAUUUUAUUGACGAGUUAAGUUUAAAAGAUGCUGAAGAUACAUUUUCGGAUGAGGAGAAAGAGCAACGACGUUUAGAAGCUGACAUAUGCAAGGCGAAAGGAAAUGAUCAAUUUAAAAGUGGUGCUUACCGAGAAUCAAUCCAAAAUUAUACUUUAGGUUUACGUACAUGCCCAUUAGCAUUCCCAAAAGAAAGGUCUAUUAUGUUUUCAAACAGAGCUGCAGCCAAAAUGAAACUGGUAAGCAACUAUUUAACCUAUUUUUUUGUAUGCAGUGUGGUUACAAAGUAAUCUCUUUUCUUUCUCAAGUUCUUUGUAUUUUAGAAACAGUUAUGAGCAGUGAGC